AUGUCUUCAUAUUGCCUCGCAUUUGUGGCACUUAUUGCUGUAAUCAGUACCAUCGUUGUUCAUGCUGCUUCUGGAACUCUAACUUGUUUGAAAGCAACACCAAAUACUGAUGUGUUCAGAACCAUCCUUGGAAAAUGUUCACGUUCCCCCGGUGCAAAAGUCGGUAUUGGUGGUGGAUUGGGCAUUGGUCUUCGACUUGGAGGUGGGCUCUUAGGAGCCGUUGGUGGUUUACUAAACGUAGGUUCCUCUUUAAUAGGUGGUUUGAUAGCAGCAGUUACCUCUCAUACAUGCUCAUCUACAGGUUUACAAGGUAUCACAGGCUCAUUCAUUAUUGUCAGCGUAGAUUUGACAUUACUGACAGCACACAGGGAUUCUAUUGCAUUAUGUUUUACCAACCAGUUACGAUCAUCAUCAUCUUUAAAUAUUAGAGCAGUAGUGCAGUUGCAAGGAUUCGAACGAUUAGCUAAUGGUGACUGUCGAGUAUCAUACACAUGCUCCGGAAUUGGUCAUCAUCCUUCAGCUCUAACUUGUUUGAAAGCAACACCAAAUACUGAUGAAUUCAAAACCAUCCUUAGAACAUGUUCACAUUCUUCUAGUGAGAAAGUUGAUGCAGGUUUCGAAGUUGACAGAACCGCAGAUGCAGAUGUUCAGGUUGAUGGAAACGCUGAUGUCGAUGAACAAACUGGAGUUAAUGAUCAGCUUGACGGUGAUGACGACCAAGCCAUAGAUGAAGUCGAUCUAACAGUUGACGAUUCAGUGAACAUAGAUUCGUCUUCAACAGAUGGUUCAGUAGCAGCGGUUACCUCUCAUAAAUGCUCAUCUGAUGAUUCACACACAAUUACGGGCUCACUCGUCAUUUGCAAUGCAGACAAGAUAGCACUGACAGGGCAAAAGGAUUCUAUUGGAUCGUGUUUUACCAACCAAUUACGAUUAUCAUCGUCUUUGAAUGUUAAAGCAAUAGUGGAAGUACACGAAUUCGAACAGUUAGACAAUGGUGACUGUCGAGUAUCGUAUAGAUGCUCAGGUAUUGGUCAUCGCCCUUUAGCUCUAACUUGUUUGAAAGCAUCACCAAUUACUAAUAUAUUCAGAACCAUACUUGGAAAAUGUUCACGUUCUUCUGGUUUGAAAGUUGGUGGUUUACUGAACGUAGGUUCUUCUUUAAUAGGUGAUUUGAUAGCAGCAGUUACCUCUCAUACAUGCUUAUCUAAAGAUUCAAAAACAAUCACUGGCUCAUUCAUUAUUUCCCAUGCAGAUUUCGCAUUACUAACAGAGCAAAAGGGUUCUAUUAUAUCGUGUUUUACUAGUCAAUUACGAUUAUCGUCAUCUUUGAAUAUUAGAGCAACAGUCCAGGUGAAUGGAUUGGAACAUAUAACUAAUGGUGAGUGUCGAGUAUCUUAUACAUGCUCAGGAAUUGGUCAUCAUCCUUCAGCUCUAACUUGUUUGAAAGGAACACCAAAUACUAAUGCAUUCAAAACCAUUCUUGGAAAGUGUUCGCACUCCAAUCAUAAUGAAUGA